AUGUCCAGCGGAUCUUCCUCUAUCCGCGUCCUCUACUUUGCCGCCGCGCGGACCACGAUCGGCCACUCGUCCGAAACGCUCACGCUGCCUUCAACGCCUUUCCCGCUCGCCUCGCUUGUCUCUCUGAUUGCACACAAGUACUCGGAUCAAGGAGCCGAAGCAGUACUGCGCACCUGUCGGUGGUCGGUCGACAACACACUGAUCGAGAUCGACGAGGUGCACGAGUGGACGCUACACGGUGGGGAGGAGGUCGCUGCGAUCCCGCCUGUUUCUGGCGGGCAUCACUACAGUGCUUCCCCCAACGGCGUCGAUUCGAACCUGCUCAUAUUGCUGCAUGGACUGGGGGAUUCCGAUGCGGGGUUUUUCGGCUUGGGCAAGAACUUGCAGAAGACGCUGCCACAGACAGCGGUGUUGACGCUGCAGGCGCCGCACAAGGUGCCUUUUCUUGAUGGUCCGCACUGGAUGUGGUACCCCUCGUUUGACCAGUUCGGCGAGCUGCUGAGCAAGCCCAACCCCACGCAGACCGUUACCGAUCUCAUCGCAGUCCUGGACCAUCUGCUGCAGUGCGGAUGGUCAGACAAAUCGAUCCACCUAUUCGGCUUCGGCCAAGGCGGCACUGUCGCCCUCGAGACCCUAGUCCGCUGGUCCUCUUCCGCAAAAGAUCCCCUGGGAAGCGUGGUCUCGGUCUCAGGCGAGCUCAUCUCGCACCCCACGCAAAACCCCGCGUCUACACCCGUCCUGCACAUCUACCGCUCGCCUCACAACAACGAUGCAGACAGCAACUCGACACGCUGGGCAUCACACCGGAAGGCCACGUCUGCUCUGCAGCUGCACAGACUCACACUCGGUGCCGGUGGCGCAGAAGAGGCGAUGUUACGAGGGCCGGAGUGGGAUGCAGUGAUGCAGUUCUGGGCCAAGUUUUGGCGGAGCCGGUCGACGUGGGAGAUCGAGGGCGAGGCUGUGCCGGUACCCGUGGGAGGGUUAGGUUAG